UUGAAACCUCCUCAGGGGUCAGGUUGCAAACGCCAGGAGUGGAUUCAGAGAUUUUGGAAAUUCAUUUGAGAUACUUGUCCAGUUCUUUCCCAGUUUUCUGGGAUCGACUCCUCUAACUUUGCACAGAUGCUAAACUGUUUUUAAAAAAAAAGUUGCAGCCUAACUUUUUUUUGGGUCCACCCCUCCCUCCCGUCCCACACAAACUUCAGUGGGACGGAUUUCUCAGUUGGGUUGAGAGUUGCGCCGAGUCUCCGGCCGCAGGGACCCGCGUCACGUCCCGUGAAAAGUUGGUUGAGUUGUCCCGGAGUUGGAAGUUUGAGAGAGGCGAGAAGCUGGGGGCCGAUGCGCGCGGUUCGCUGAACUGGACCGGGGAUCCUUUAUUUCUUUGAAUUAAAGAGCCUGUGGUCUGCGAGAGAAUGCGAACAGCGGGGCUGGUGUUCCUCUGUCUGUGGAUUGUGCCCCUGUCCCAGACCGCCGUCCCAAAAGAUGUGCGUUUCCUGCAGGAUCCGGAGAGCAUCGUAUCCUCCCAGGGGAAGCAGGUGAAGCUGCGAUGUUCCAUCAAGGUGACCGACGAGCUCCCUGAAAUAAACUGGCAGCGGGACGGCGAUCUGUACGCAGCGGACGUCAACCAAGUGCUGGUGCCGCUGAGUGACUCUGAGUGGCUGGCCAUCAGUGAGCUGAGCAUCCCCUCCAUUCACCGCUCUGACGCUGGGAGUUACCGGUGUGUUGCUUUAGUCAAAGGGAAAGAAAUUGUUUCCAAGGAAGCUCAGGUGGACACAGAAGGUUUGCCCCACUUUACGGAGGAGCCACGGGACCUCAACGUGUUUGCGGACUCGCCCUUUAAUCUGAGCUGUGCUGCCGCGGGUUCGCCUGAAGUUGAGGAGCUGGUGUGGCUGCAGGAUGGGCUUCCAGUCACUCGCGAGGAGAAGACCGCGGCGAUAUCUCCUUCCACCCUCACAGUUAGAGGACUGCGGAAAUCGGCAACCUUCCGGUGUGAAGCUCACAACGCCAAGGGAGUAGCCACCUCCAGGACUGCUACCAUCAGACUUCUACCGGAUCAGCCGAAAAACGUGACAGUGACAUUUGUCAGCUCGCAGGCUCUGGGUAUCUCGUGGCAGACUGGAUUUAGUGGCUCUGCCCCACUCACUUCCUGUUCUGUCCAGACCAACCAGUCCAAGGGUAAUGCCAGCCAGGAGGUCUACUUUGAGGACAUCUCUGUCCCACCGUUCAGUCAUGUGAUCCGAAGACUGCCGCCCUACUCGGAGUUCAGGAUCCAUCUGUCCUGCAGCACCGGGAUUGGACACUCACGCUGGAGUGACUGGGUGACGGCCACGACCUUUGAAGGAGAGCCAGAUGUGGCGCCGAGCAACGUUACCUUCCAGUACAAUGGCAGUGCUCUGGUCUUUGAGUGGAAGGAGCCAUCCACCGGCCUUAAUGGGGUUCUGCAAGGGUACAAAGUGGCUUAUCAGAACCAGGACUAUGCUGAGGUGAUUGUGGACAAUGGGAUGAGAUCGAACAUCACUCUGGAGGUGGUGCUGCCCGUUACGAACCUGAGCCUGCGUGUAGCAGCGUACACGAGAGCCGGGGACGGCCCCUGGAGUGACCCCGUCUCGGUUAACCUGCCUGGCUCAGAUAGCCCAAGGGAAACGAGGCAAAGAGUAGGGCACACGAGCCAGAGGAGGUUCUCCUGGCACUGGUGGUACGUGGUGAUGGCAGCUGCAGUGGCCGCAGCCUGUGCUGUUUGCAUCGCUGUGCUGGUCGCUCGAUUCAGAAAGAAGGAGGUUCGAUACGGAGAAGCAUUUGAGCCCAUGAUCGAUAGAGGGGAGCUGGUGGUGCGUUACCGGGUCAGAAAAUCGUACAGCAGACGGACCACUGAGACCACCUUGAACACUCUGGGAAUCAGCGAUGACCUCAAAGAGAAACUCCAAGAUGUGAUGAUUGACCGACACAAGUUGGCCCUGGGCAAGACCCUCGGUGAAGGGGAGUUCGGUUCAGUAAUGGAAGGACAAUUAAACCAGGAUGACUACUUUCUCAAGGUGGCCGUGAAGACGAUGAAAAUUGCGAUCUGUACCCGGACCGAAAUGGAGGACUUCCUCCGGGAAGCUGUCUGCAUGAAAGAGUUCGACCACCCCAAUGUCAUGCGCCUGCUGGGGGUGUGUCUGCAGAGUCACGAGAACGAAGGCUUUCCCUCACCAGUGGUCAUUCUGCCCUUCAUGAAGCACGGGGACCUCCACAGCUUCCUGCUCUACUCUCGCCUUGGGGAGAACCCUGUGUACCUCCCGAUGCAGACCCUGGUGAAGUUCAUGGUCGACGUUGCCCGGGGAAUGGAGUACCUCAGCAACAAGAACUUCAUCCACAGGGACCUGGCUGCUCGCAACUGCAUGUUAAAUGAAAAUAUGAACGUCUGUGUGGCUGAUUUUGGACUUUCCAAAAAAAUUUACAACGGGGAUUACUAUCGCCAGGGCCGAAUCUCGAAGAUGCCCGUGAAGUGGAUCGCGAUCGAGAGCCUGGCGGACAGAGUUUACACAAGCAAGAGUGACGUGUGGUCCUACGGUGUCACCAUGUGGGAGAUCGCCACCCGCGGGCAGACCCCGUACCCUGGGGUGGAGAACAGCGAGAUCUAUGACUAUCUCCGGCAGGGCAACAGGCUGAAGCAACCCCCUGACUGUCUGGACGCACUGUACGAAUUGAUGUACUAUUGCUGGCAGCUGAAUCCGAGAGAACGGCCAACCUUCGAGAUCAUCUGCUGUCAGCUGGAGAAGAUUCUGGAAGACCUGCCGGCCCCUACGGACCCGGAGGAGAUCCUCUACGUCAACAUGGAGGAUGCCUGCGGGAGGCGGGAUAGCGGCUGCGAGCAGGGAGCGGUGGGAGGCAGGGACCUUGAGGAGUGCCUGAAGGACUCCAUCUCGCAGUUCUCCAAGGCGCCCACCACCACGAUGGUUGAUGUGCACCAGCCGGACGCAGUUGACCGCUACGUCCUGUGCCCGCCCCCCGAGACGGCACGGCUCAUGGCGAUGGCCUCACUCACCGGCGCCAACGACCCAUGCUCGCUGGCCGAUGACAUUCCACUGGAGGAGAUGUGCGGGAAGGACUGCAAGUGAAUGUGGUGGCUUGCUGGUCUCGCUCUCCGUGUUUACGGGUGUCCUGCCUGCAACAACCACUCCAUCCAUCUGCAAGCAGACACUGCCAGAAGUCACCUUAACCACAUUGGUGUGGGGGACAAUCUACUGGCAAAACAACUGCAGCAACUAGGGCCAAUUCUUACAGACAACCAAUCAAAUCAACCAUUCCCAAAUCUAUUGGGCCCAAACCCCUCGUAUUCCAUGAAUUUCAAAGUUUUCCACUUGUCUUAAUGCUUGGCAUCCUCCGUUCCCUUUUAAAACAGAGUUGAAGAGAUGAAAUGUCUCCAGACCUACAUCUAGCAGGAACUGCCGUUCCCUCGUCAUCUCCCCAGCUUCCCAUCCCAGUGACCAGUGACGCCAUGCUGCUGAGUCAUGCAUGCAGACCCGCUGUCUGCAGUUAGAGCCAAACGAGAACCGGAUCCCAAGCACCUUUUGGAAUUUUAAUCCAGUUUCUGUUGGGGUCUUGGGGGAAGUCAGCCAUCACAGAGCUAAGCACGCUGGGAGGUUUUCAUGUGAACCCAGCUGGCACUGAGGUGAAGAGUCAAAGUUCUAAGUUUUGGGCGAAUCUUGCACUCUGUAACUUUUCUAUUUGGCAACGGGAAAAAAAGAAAUAUUUGAUAUUUAGAAACACGACCAUUGAUCAGAUGAGGUUUUCCUCAAAAUUAAUAUUUUCCUUAACUAUUUAUGAUAAAAUUGGAAUGACUGGGAGAAACUUUUAUAGUGAAGUGUAGACAAUCAGAGAACCUGUAGCUCGUCCUGAGAAAACGUCACUUCUUCCUGUAUCUCCCUGGUGGACUCAAUGCCACCUCCUGUUGACAAAUACAAAUGUGAGGAUCCUUAUUGUGUUACAGGGAUACAGUUAGCAUUCCCUCAGUGGAAGGGACUUUCUCAAGCACCAUAACAAACACAUAGACAUCACUCAAAGGUUGCUGCAGUCAGAAUGCUGAGAACUUUGUACCAGUCUCCAAGGCUGGGUAGGUACAGACACUGUGAUCUCUCUGCCUGUUGAGCACACCACACUUUCGACUCACUUGCACACAUUGGGAAGAGGACCUGACCAUAGAUUCCAGCACCAAUGUCAGAGCACUGGUUGAAUUAUUUGGUACUUUGCUUCUGGGAUUAAGUGCAGGUUCAAUAGGUCAAUGCCACAGAUUAGCCUGGGCCUCUUCCUGUUUAUUGGACCAUUGGUAGUGUGGUGGGUCAGCACUUCCUAUUGCAACCUUAACCAGUAGAGACUUCAUUUGCUUUUUGCACAGUUGGCUAUUUUUGCAGUCUUUUUACCGCGUCUCAGGUUUGAACCCUUUUGCAAACCAGGCCUCCAGCAGUACAGAACGGGAGGCAAAUAGGCCGGGAGAGUGACUGGCCUAUUAGGCAAAUAGGCCAGGAGAGUGAAAGAUUGGUAGUGGUGCUUUGGUGGCCAAGACACCGAUACUUGAGGGUGACCACCAAGUUCUGAGAAUCAGUGUCCACCUCAAGGGACAGAACGAGUUGAAUUUUGGAUGCCCAACUGCAGCUAUUUUCAAAGAAACCUCUUUGGGCAUGGAACGGUUUCGGCCAUCAAGUCCCAACUGGGGGACUUUCAGGGUCUGGGCAAUUUGAGGGCUUUGUCCUAAAUGAGCAAAUAAACUAGAUUGCUUACGAUAUUUUUUGUGAGGCAUUCGACCUCUGGCACCCUCUGACAUGCUGGGGGAGUUGGCACUCAUUAAGAGGGCUGUUGUGUUGUUGAACCAAUCACCUUCCAGAUUCUUAUUCCAUUGAUGGUACACUGAGGAGUCUGGGAUACUCACUGUCUGCAUUUGGGAGUAUCAACCAAUCAAAAGCUGACUUUUUUUAAUUGAUGUAUCAUGUGGAAUUUGCUGUUGUUGAUUUUUUUAAUUCCUUGUGAAUAAACUGUUCCCCCCACAUUAACAUACUAUGUCAUAGAGUCAUACAGCACGGAAACAGGCCCUUCAGCCCUACUGGUCCAUGCUGACCAAGAUGCCCACCCAAGCUAGUCCCACUUGCUCGCAUUUGGCCCAAAAUGUUUGUCCUCAACUUGACAACUUGCUGCAGUGGCCCUACACAACCCAGGGGCUUAACCAGGGACAGGAAUUGGGCCCACCCUUCUCCUCGAGCAUUCUACACAACCAACAACACCAGGAGUAGUCGUCCACUGCUAACAUGACGCAGUUAAUGGGACCAAGCUUGCGGGAAUGAUCGAGCAGAAAAAUUAUCACUGGUCCCAAUUGAACUGUGCCUGAUGCCAAUAUCACAAUGUAUUGAUGUUGUCGCUGAAGUUGGAUAUUCUCCAAUUACAUUGUACAACUGCCCCAAAUAAUGCUGGGCUGCUAUUGAUUGUAGAUAAAGCCCAAGAUUAAUUGCCAUUAUGAAGAACUCAUGUGGCAUGCCCUAAACUGUGAAGGACAAUCUUUCUUUAGGAAAGACCAAGACUUCCAUCAUCUUCACUAGAAGCUUGUAGGAGGUGUGGACAUUAGACCGUGUCCUAUCACACACAGUGGACGGGGUCCCCAGGAACUUCAGUGGUCCAGCACUUGCAGACCUGGAUGCUCCAACCCAAGGUUGCAACUUCCAAUUAACUUCCUUGGACGUCAGCAUUAGAAACAGCGGCCAACAGUGGACUCCCAAUGGACACCCAACUGGUCAUGGGCAUGUAGAAGGGGCAAUGAACUCUCUUGCCAUCCCAAGAACAAAUCUGAGUAAAGUAGAACUCCAUCCUCCACACGAGAAGGAGUAGGAAGCAGGCGUGAAAGCUGAGGGAGACCCACGUCACCGUUGAUUCUGCAUUAAUAGCACAAUCCCUUUGAAAAUGGACAACUCUUUCCACAUAAGACAGCAACUCCAACUGAGUUCUCCCUCUCAGAGUGAGUCAGGAUACCGUCUGGGGGCAGCCUGCGACUUUCCACCUUUCGAUCGGGAACUCAAGAGUUAAUGUUGGAAGGUUAGGAAGGUUACCAUCUCCAGCUGGAGAUCCUACCACACGGUAGCCCCACUGACUGCUCCACCCCUAGACUCCUCCCAUUGGACAUCCAAUGUGUCGACUUGAUCAAUGUCUGGCUUUUUGUUAUCUGUUUGGAUGAUUUUGGGACAAUCCUUUCCCAGCAUUUUUAUAUCUGAAAUAUAAAAGGGAUGAAUGGAUUUAUUUUUUGCAGUUAGAAAACCUUUUUCUCUUGGUGUCCUGGAGAGUAAUCCUCAUUGCCUGAGCCUCUGUUUGGUAGAAGGCAGCAUUUCCCACCAGCUGUGAUGUAAAGUGGGCUAACACUGACCUCACUUCAGCAUGCCCUGUGCGGAAACCCCUCCUGUACCCUCAUCUUUGGACCAGUUCCUGUUAACUGUGAAACCAGAAUUGGAACUUGUGGGCAAUGGAAUAGCUUUUUGGCCUCAAUUCACCCUUAAUAAUUCAAUUGGUAAAAUCCAUUCCAGUUGGCUCUCACUGUGUGAUCCACUGCACGUUUUAUUACUUCCCACGUACACAGUGCCUUGACACCCCCGCAAUACCAUUCACCAGAAUGUCUUGAAAUGACAAUGAACUUGAAGCAGGGCCCUGCUGUGUUCACUUCAGCCGUGGGGAGGGUAACUGGUCAUAUAAUUAAAGGGACAUGCUUAAGCAGUUGUUUCUUCAGACAUCAUUGGAUGGAAAGAGGCUUUCCUAUUACAAAAUAGGAGGCCACUCAGCCCCUCACUGCCAGAGUCAACAGCUGCAUUAACCACACUGCCAACAGCCUGAUUAUCUAAGACGACCUGCCUUUUAAUGAACUCAAUUGUCUGGCAUGUUGUAUGCAUCUACGUGUUUGUGUCUGUCUGUGCCUGUCUACCUGUGUGUUGUAUUUUGUGUGGUGUGUGUUUCUGUCUGUGUCUGGCUGUCUGUGUGUUGUACUUUGUCUGGUGUGUUUAUCUUUCUGUCUGUAUCUGCCUGUCUGUAUGUUGUAUUUUGUGUGGUGUAUGUAUCUGUCUGUGUGUUGUAUUUUGUGUGAUGUGUGUAUCUGUCUGUCUGUCUGCGUCUGACUGUCUGUAUGUUGUAUUUUGUGUGUGUUGUGUUUAUCCGAACAAGUUUUAUGAGCGUAUGGUUUGAGCAUGUAUAAAUUUUAUAAAAUGGGACCCAUCCUUGGGAUCACGACCUUUCACAGAGGACUAACUCUUUAUUUCAGGAGAAACCCUUAUACAUGUGUAAGAGGUAUAAACACUGAAGCUUUGAGGAAAUGGGUGUAGUCACUCCAGGUUCUGGGGUGGAGCACAUCGACUGCUCUGUGACACCAGGUUACAAUGAGGGGAAUGGAUGGAUGUACAGUCUGUGUAGAAUGCAAUGGCCCAGACACUACGUCAGUGUAUAUUUAGAUAUAAGAGUUAUUCAUUACAAAAAAUAAAGUGCCAGAAACACUCAGCAGGUCAGACAGCAUCUGUGGAAAGAGGAACAGAGUUAACGUUUCAGGUCAGAUCUAACAAAGUGUCUUAAACCUGAGACAUUAACUGUGUCUCUCUCCACAGAUGCUGCCUGUCCUGCUGAGUGUUUCUGGCACCUUCGCCGCUAUAAAAACCACAUGCUGGUAAUGUGAUCCUUGCAGACACUGGGGAAAGGGAAGUUCCGUUCGACGCUGUUUCCAGUGGGUUGGCUUUGGCUGCUAGUUCAGUCACUAACUAGUUACGCUGGGCAAUUAAUGUGUGGAAAUUCCACUUUGUGGAAGGGUAAUGAGGCCAGGACUGAGCCACCUGGAGGAGUAGAGCAAAAGCAUCUUAACUCAGCCUCAUACCUAGCCUGAAAGCAGAAAGUAUGCAGCUCCCCUGAACCAAAAUUCAUCUUUAAAGAAUAUAGGAUAAAUUUGAUUGUUGGGAGCAGUGUGACCUUGACCUUUGUGGUUUGGAGUCAAGGUGUUGUGUACUACUUUGCCAGGUAUCUUGCCUCUCAACUGUUGGGCUUUAGUAAGGUGGAAACUAUUGGCAUACAUCUGUUCAAUAUUAUGGGUUAGAAACAUUCCAAGGGAGUGAAUGGCCAAGUGCAUUGAUUUGCAUUUCUCUCAGACCUCCUUGUGAACCACCUGGGCAACACCAUGGAAUGGCCACUACCGCACAAUGCCAAUGACCCAGGUUCAAUCCUGACCUCCAGUACUGUCUGUGUGGAGUUUGCAUGUCCUCCCUGUGACCGUGUGGGUCUCCCCCCACCAGCUGCUGCGGCUUCCUGCCACAUCCCAAAGACGUGGGGGGUUGGUGGGCUAGUUGGCUACUGUAAAUUGCCCCCAGUGUAGAGGCGAGUGGUAGGAUCUUGGGGGAGUUGAUGGGAACGUGAGGAAAAUAAAAUGGGAUUAAUGCAGGAUUAGUAUCAAUGGGUGGUUGAUGGUUGACCCGGACUCGAUGGGCUGAAGGGCCUGUUUCUGUGUUGUACGACUCCAAGACUCCAUCCUGCCCUCAGGUUUCUUAGUAAUCCAUGACCUUUCUUGUCCAUUUCCCUUACUCCCACCCCCCCCCCCACAACUUCUUUACUCCAUCUCCCCCACUCUCCAUCCUCUAUUUUCACAGUAAGCUCGGUAUUCUUUGUGCUAGUUCUACCGAGAAAUGGGAUUAUACAUCCGAGCAUCAGGAAGAAGGAAAUCUUGUCUCAAACCAAACCAACAGAGAGCACCUACCACCGAUCCAAGCAGUUGACUCCAGAUGAAGCUGUUAUUAUCUAAUUGUUAAACUUUGCAGGUCUCUUUACAGAAGUUUUAUAGAAAUAUUUUAUACAAGUGUAUAUACUUUGAUAUAAGCUGUAAUUAAUUGCAUCCAUUAGUUGCUGCUCAAGCUGAGCUGUAUCCUGGCUAAACAUCGAUGUACAUGCUUUUAUUAAAUAAAUCCUCUUUAUUAGUC